UCUAUCCGCGUCAAGUCUGAGAAACACAUACACGAGUGUCAAAUACGUGAAAAGAGCUCGAAGUCGACUCUUUUAGUGGGAUAAUUCUCUUUCCGAGUUUGGAUUCAGUCUCUUUGGGAACUCGGAGAGCAUCCGACGACAGGAUGUCGGGGAAGACUGGUCUUUUUUCCGAGGACCAAAUCGCCGAGUUUCAAGAGGCAUUCAUGCUCUUUGACACCAAGGGCGAUGGUAUGAUCCCGGCCAACCAAGUGGGCGAAGUGGUCCGAGCCUUGGGUCAGAACCCCACGGAGGCCGAUAUCCGACGUUUGGUCCAGAACAACAACAAUGAGGGGCGUGUCACUUUCGAGACAUUUCUGCCCAUCCUCCAUGCCGUGUCGCAAAAGCAAAUGACGGACACCGUGGAUGACUUCGUGGAAGGUCUUCGCCAUUUUGACAAGGAUGGAGCCGGAUUCAUGUCCAGUGCUGAACUCCGACACAUGCUCACUUCUCUGGGCGAGAAGAUGACUGAGGAGGAGGUUGAGGUUCUCAUCCAUGGCCAAGAGGAUUCUCAAGGAAACAUCAACUACGAGGAUUUCGUUAAGAUGGUGUUAGCCAACUAGACACCCGCCUCGGACUCGGGCUUGUCCCAUAAACCCGCCUCGGUCGCCCUGGGGAACCUAUGAUCCGCACCCUGGUGGCCAGGUCUCACCAUCAAUCAAAUGCUAUUUGAGUCAUGAUUGUGACUUGAAAGAGAGAACCAGGGCCCUCCAACUCACUUGGCUCUCGUGCGCCGGAUCUGUCUCUUCUGCCUCAAAAAAAACCUGCUUUUGUCUACUGCUUAAGGAAAAAAGCCCCAUUUGUAAACUUACGUAUCAUAUUACUAUUAUCAUUAUUACGAUUAUUAAUCUUAUUACCAUUAGUCUAAUGUCGAACCUCUUCUCCCUUAUCUGCUACAUAUACAUAGAAACAUCUUCUCCCGCGCUAAAAAAAAAAUACAUCAUUUAUCCAUUUUUAUUCAUGUUUGCAUGCAGUCGAAGGAAGCAGCAUAUUCCAAUUUUUAAUGUAUCAUGGAAAUGAAUUUAGUUCUUAAGGCACACUCUUCUUUUUGUUGUUAUCGUAUCCCUUUUACGUUACGCUUCAUACAUAAAUACACUAUUUAUGAUCUUAAGUUAAUGUUUGCCCUGGAUCAAUUAAUCAAUUCUCCGGCAUUCCGCUGAAAAACAACACUAUGAAGAUUCAUAAGCCGUGUCAGCGCAAAUAAAAGACAUUUUCUUAUGCUUUUGAACACUACAGCAAAGUUCCACAAAAAUGUUCAUGCAUGAAAUAUAUAUUUGAAAGAAAAUACACUUAUCCUCGUAUUACUGUACCGA